GGGACAUUACCGUCCCACAGGGAAUUAUCCGUGAUUCUCCAAGACCAAGAGACGCCUUGGAGUCACAUUUUUAAUUUCGAAAAAAAUACAGCAAAUCAUUUUUGAUCUCUCUCGAUUCCAAUAUUUCAUCUUCUCAACGGCUCGAUUCUCAUUUCAUCUGUCUCAGUUUUUCUGUUUGGUCAAUAUUGAUCUUGCUAGAAUCUGGUGAAUCUCGGCUAUCUCAUUUCGGAGGGAGUUUGUAAGAUUCCCUUUUUUUUCCCCUCCCGGCGGCCUGUCAUCUGGUUUCCGGCUACUUCGCCCUCGGUUUCCUGUCGAUCUGCCAUUUAAUGCUUGAGCUGCGGCAUUUGGAUAGGUCGUCUGUGGAGUUCAGCUUCCAGUCUGCUUAGGGUUUGGUCUGGUUCGUGGCUUAGAAGUUAGGGUUUCAAGCUUUGGAUUUUGCUUUCUUUAAUUUUUGGUACUUCGUCAUGCCGCGAAGUUCUCGACAUAAGUCACACAGGCAACACAAACACAGUUCUAAGGAUACUAGAGAAUAUUCGGACUCUGACGAAGAUGGGAGUUUGAGAGAUAGGAAAGGCAGGGAAGAAGCUGCUGCUAGGGUUUCCAGGGAUUCAGCGUCUGGUGAGAAACGGAAGCUUGGUUCUCAGUCACAGGAUGGCAAAGAUCUUUUCGGUCCAGGUAACGGUGAUAUGUCAGAAGAUUAUGUUGCUUCGAAGAGGCGGAAAGAUAGGGCCGAUGCUGUAGUCACUGAUCGCUGGAACGGCGGCGAGGACGAACAAGGAGACUCUUUAGUUGGAGACAGAGAGACGAAAGGGGACGGGCCACGACCCGAUUCAGAUAAAGGUCCCAAGUCAAAGUCUUCAGUUGAUUCGAAGAGUAAGUCUAGCAGAAAGAGCGAUAGUUGGAGUGAGAGAAAAGAGGAAAAUGUGGUUUCAACAGGGGAGAAUGAGGAGGCAAGGAAGAGUAUGAGUAAGGUUGAGUCAAAGCGUAAAUCUGAAAAGGAUUCAAGUCGGAAAGAUAAUCAUCAAUACAAGGAUGCAAAGGAAAAGGAACGGGGAACAGAGAAGGAUAGAAAGGUUCAAGACGUUAGGCGUGAGAGAUCAGUUGAUACUAUUCCGGGGUCAGGGGUUGCGGGUGGUGAAUUAGGUAGGAAACAAGGUUCCCAAUCAGGGGGUUUUGAAGAAGAGCGUCCCGUGAAGCGGGAAGCAGACAAUACAGAGUGGCAGAUACAAGAUGACUUGCGUAAUCCUGAGUUAGAGAAAGAACUUGAGAAACGGAUCAGGCGUAGGAGAGACGGCUCAGGUGACAAAGAUAAAUAUCAAGAUGAUGUCAGGGACAGUACUGAAAAAAGAUUGUCUUCUAGGGAUGAUCAUUCCAAGAAUGGAAGAUAUAAAGAGGAAAGGAAUAAAGAUGGGAGGUACAGAGUUAAGUAUCGAGAAGAUCUGGAGAGAGAUCACAGGCCCAGGGAUGAUAAACACAGAGAUGAGCGUUCUUCUAGAGAUCAUAUAAGCAGUAGGUCUGACUCUAAGCAUUUGAGGGAUGAAAGUAUAUCUGCAGAAAGCCGUCAUAAAAAAUCUAAGUCCCAGGAUGAUGAUCGUGAUGGUAGUCCACAUCCUGACAACCGAGGAGCCAGGUAUAAAGAUAUCAAAGGAAGGAAAAGAUCUAAUGAUGAUACUGAUGAUCAUGGUGAUAUUAAGCUCCAAAGUAGCAAGGAACACCGCUCUGAUGUUGAGAAGAAGUCAUCUAGCAGUAGCAAAAUAGACUCACAUGUCGAUAGGGGAAGGUCUCAAUCACGCCAUGCUGAUGUUGAUUCUUCUGUAAGCAAUGCAAGGCGGAAGAGUUCCCCAAGCCCUGGUGCUCAUGUUUCUAAAGAGCAGCAUAGGCAUGGCUCAAAGCAAAUGGACAUGAAGUAUAGAGACUCUGCAUCUGAAGAAAGAAUUCGGCCUAAUGCAACUUCCUCAAGAGAGGUUGGUGUCUCUGGCAUCCUUGAAAAAUCACGAUCUUUGGACAAGUCUGUACAAAGGGAUGACAACCAUUUUGGUGAGUUGUCAACUGAACGGUCUCCCAGAUCAGAUGUUCUGGCCUCACCCAUGCAGUUUGAGAAAUCACCAUCAUCAUCAAGUAUUGACCGGAGAUACUCCAAUAGAAGCAGUGUGAGACGGAGCCUUGAUGUUGAAGAAACAGGACGAAGGAGUACUGGUUCUAAAGAUGCAAGGGAUCAUUCCAAUAAUGAAGACAGAGGUAGCCGGGAAUUUCCUUUUGAGAAGGCAGUGGAUGAGUUUUCUCAAGGAGAUGGUGACACUGUGUCUGUUUCAUCAUCCUUCAAUAGAACUGGUCACUUUCCUGACAGAUCAUCAUCUCUUCCUCCACCACCGCCUUUCAGAGCUGGUGCUGAUGGGCCUUCAGUUUUAGGUUCAUCAGAAGAAGACAGCAGAGGUAAGCCCAGUAACCGUUUCAAGAGGAGUAGUGAUACCGGUGCAGGAAGGGGGCAGGGAAAUCCUUGGAAAGGUACACCAAAUUGGCCCUCACCAGUAGCAAAUGGUUUCCUUCCUUAUCAACAUGGGCCACCACCUGGAGGAUUUCAUGUGAUGCAGCAAUUUCCUGCUCCACCCUUGUUUGGAGUUAGACCGUCGAUGGAAUUAAAUCAUGCCGGGGUUCAUUAUCAUUUGCCCGAUACUGACCGGUUUUCCACUCAUGGACAUCCAUUUGGGUGGCGGAAUCCAGCUGAAGAGUCUUGCCCACCUCAUUUGCAUGGAUGGGAUGGGAGUAAUGGUGUCUAUGGUGAUGACUCUCACAUGUUUGGGAGACCAGAAUGGGAUCAGAACAGACACUUGAUGAGUGGUCGUGGGCGGGAAACUAGUGCAGAAAUGUGGAAGGGACAUAACGGUGGUAUGAACAUGGAGUUGCCCACGACAUCCCAGAAGGAGGAUUAUCCACUCCGUGUCCCUGAUGAGGUCUGGGCUGGGCAGUCAAGCCAGCGGACCCGAAAUGAACGGAACAGGUCUGUCACUAGGGCAGAAAGCAUUGAAAUAAAGAGAUCCAGCUCCACUCCAGAAAAGGGCAUUUCUGAAGCUUCUCCAAAAUCCAUCCACGGGAAUAGUCCUGAGCCUUGUAAAAUAUCUAGUAAUGGUGGUUCUCAAUUUUGUCAUGUUUAUCUAUCUGGGAUAGAAAUCUCAGAGGAUCUUACCCAUCCGGAGUUGUAUGGCCAGUGCAUGGGCUUAUUGGAAACUGAAGGAAAUAAGACUGAUGAAGAUGUUACCAAGAAUGCACAAAUGGACCUAGAGGAGAGUGCAGAAUCUGGAUAUAAUAUUUCUUAUACUAUGGGUGCUUCCUUCUUCCCUGCAAUCAGGGCUACUGUUUUCCAGAGAGCCCUGAACCUUUACAAAAAGCAGAGUGAAGAGAUGAAGGCCAAAAACAUUCAAUCAUUCUCUGAGCCACAACAAAAAAUGAUAACAGCAGAUGAUGGGGUGAAACCCGAGCUGGUUCCAACUUCCAAUCAGGAGACAGCAGGGGAUGCGGUUCUAGAUUAUUACAAGCAAGAGAAAGCAGAUGCAGUCCCUACUUCCAAUCUGGAGGCAGUGGAACAAUUUCCAAGUCUCAGUGAUCAGAAGCCUGUUAAGAUGGGGGAGCGUGUUUCAACUACUGGUGAAGAGGUUGUGGAACUGAUGUCAACUCCUUUGGUGGACGAUAUCAGACCACCAUCAACUCCCAGUCAGAAGAUACCGGAGUCGGAACCAACUCCAGGAAAGGUUGUACAGGAGGUGAUGAUUUCAGCUUCAAAUCAGAAGAAAAUGGAGCUUAUUGCUAGUCCAGAUCAGGAGAAACAUGAAGCAGUGGGACACUGCCUUUUCUCUCCUGAAACUGCUUCACAGCCUAUAAGCAAUUCAAUCAGUAACGAUGAGGAAACAAACAAAAGUGGCAUUUCCAAGGGCAACCCUUCCACUAAUGGUAGUGAAGGGAAUCAGGCAUUCGGUGAUAUAAUGUGUGGUCCAGUAGGUUUUUCUGACAGUUCCAAGGUUUGUGAGGCUUUAAUGUCUGAGUCAAUUGAGUCUGGGUUGGUAAAUUUAAGUCGGAUACAUCAUUCUCCUGAAAGUACACAUUGAGACAUUUUCUAUUCCAUGUGUUUUUUGAAAUGCCAUUUUCAUUGAAAUUCAUCAUGUUUCUCAUUUUGUUCGCCAUUA